AUGUCGGUCAAGCAGGGGGAGACAGAAAGCCUAAGAGACUACGUAGGGCGUUUUAACGCAGAAGCUGUCACCAUCCCUACUCUCCAGCAGGAGGUUGCCGUCCUAGCUCUCAUGACAGGCUUAAAGGAAGGAACUCCUUUCAGAAGUUAUCUGGGCCGUAAAAAGCUAACCAACCUAACAGAAGUCUUAAGCAAGGCAAACGACUUUAUUCGGGGGGAAGAGUUCGAUAAGGCAUCAAAUGCCAAAAGGCCAAUAGCAGAGGAGAAGGAUAAGGAGAAAGAGAAAGUUCGCAAGGACUACAGAGAUUACGGCCACAUAACCGAUGACUACAAAGACCUCAAGGACGGGAUCAAAGACCUCAUCAGACGAGGCUACUUCACCCAAUACCAGGCGAGAACCGACCGGAAGUCUCCAUCCAGAGAGGAUGAAAAUGUUAGUAGAAGGGCGGUGAAAGACAGGAUCACUGAAAUCCAUGUCAUAUCCGGUGGACCAACUAGAGGUGGAAGCAUACAUGGUGCCAAAGCUAGCCUGAAGGAGGUAAGACACCAAGUGAAUUACCACAAUGCAGGAAAAUUGCCGGCACCCCCAGCUAUGCCGUCCGUAGCUUUCACGUCAGAGGACACCAAGGGCAUUAUCUACCCCCAUGACGAUCCCCUGGUAGUAUCUCUGCAGAUAUCAACCGCAAUGGUGCAUCGGGUGCUGGUAGAUGGAGGAAGUUCUGCCAAUAUCUUGUAUAAGGAGACAUUCGAGAAAAUGGGCUUCGACACGACAUGUCUCAAGCCGGUCUCGUAUCCUAUUAUCGGUUUCACAGGGGCAUCUGUCGUCCCGGAAGGAACCAUCAAGCUGGCAGUAAAGCUGGGGGAAGGAUCUCAUUCGCGAGAUCUGCUAGUAGAAUUCCUCGUUGUAGAUGUACCGGCAGCGUACAAUGCGAUCAUAGGACGACCCCUAGUUCAUGACGCCCAAGAUGUGGUAUCUACCCACCACCUUACAAUGGUCUAUACCUCCAACGACGGUAACCUCGAGAAGCUCAGGGGGAAUUAA